CUUCCUUCACCUGUUUCCGUUUUCACUCCUCUUUUAACCUUCCCUUUUGCCUUCGUGACACUCACUUUUUAUCUUCUGUCCAUGACCAUUGAGGUGUCAUGGAGGUUGUCCGGGGUCUGUAGUGAGGGUGAGGGUUUUGGCAGCGGCGCGGAAGACGGAAUGGCGACAGGACUGGCGAAACGUCUUUCUAUUAUCCUUUGAAACCCCAUUCACGUGAGAGAAGAUCCUCAAUCAGUGCAUUGUUGUUACUGUUAGGAGCUUCAUUAACAUGCCUUUUCUGACCCCUUGCAUGUCUAUUCAUUACUUUCAGGUGUUUUUCCAGCAAAUUCCAUCCUUUGGAGAAUUCAAAGCAUGAAUCUUCGAGAAUAGUAUAGAGUGUUCAUCGCGGAGGCUUUUCUAUCUUUCACUUUCAGUUUUUGGUAACUCUUCCUCCAAAAUUGGUUACUCUUCCCUUUUAGUUUUGGUAAAUUUGCCAUUUUAGUAUUGCUAACUUUGCCUGCAAUUCAUAUUUUUAAAAUUGGAUUUGUGAUAUUAUUGGAUUUGUCACUUAUUACAUAUUACAGGUUUAUUUAUAAAUCUUGAUAAAUAGAAUAUUUCUUUUGCUUUGUGUUGUACCCUUUUAAGUUUUUGCUCUCAUUUGUACCUAUUUUUGUUUGAAUGAUGGAUUGCUUUGUUCAAAUCUGGUGCCAAAAAAGACAAAUUAGAAAUUCUAUUGAAUUCUAUUAUUAUGUUGUUCAUUAAAAACUUUUUGUUUGUGCUGAAAUCACAUUAAUUUGAGCCCUUUGUCAGUGGUGGAUUACUUUUGUGUGCAACUACCGUAAGUUGAUACCUCUUUGAUAUUCUCCAAACCAUAUUAGCAGUUUCAGUUUAAAAUUUGUUUUUUGUGAACAAUAUCUAACAUUUAUUAUGUGUGGUGAACAAAAGAUUUAAGGCUUUAUUUUAUAAAAGCUUUUGAGAAAUGAUUUAAUUGAGACCAUGUCAUGUGAAAUGUGAUAUUUCUCUUUUGCCAAAUGCACCUGCUGCCAAGCUAACAUUGAGCAGUUUGAUUCUCCGGAGAAAUCAUAAGGUAAUAUUAGAAAUCUUGCCCACUGCUCUCAUUCUCCUGGUGGACUGGUGGUAACAUAACAUGCUAUAACUUUUAUGGUGGUAAACUUACUCUCAAUGUGUAUUUAUGCAGUUCAAUCUAAAAGGCCUGCAUACCCAUCAUUAAAUACAAUGACAAUAGUUUGGGAUAAGUUGGAAGCUUUGGUGAAAAAGGAGAAUUUGCAGCUAAACCCUAUCUUCUACUUUUUUGGGGCUAGAGUCAAAUUGAACAUUACUUUUGCUUUCAAUAGAGUGGAAAGGAAUAGGAUCCAAGAAGGUGGAAGGAAGUCCUCCACAAGGUAUGAAGUUGAAGAAAUGAGAGUAUUGAUUCAGUACAUGAGAGUUCAAAUUCACUCACCGUUUAUAAGUAAUUUAAGGGGUGGCCUUUAUGUUUCCAAGUCCCUCUAUAAAUGCCUAUAUAGGGAUUUUUGCCUUUCAAACUGGGAACUGGGAACAUCACAUAUCACUACCAAAUUGAAGUAACUUUGAAUUUAAAGGGCCCUUUGAAUGUUUUUGCUGGAGUAAAUAUGUGAAUAUUUUUUUUUUCCAUUUACUUUUGCAUUUGUCAAUAUGGGUCAGCCCAUAUGAGUUGGGUUGAAAACGGGUUGAGUUGUGUCAACCUGGGUACAAAUUUAACAAAAAAAACACACAAAAGCCAAAAAUGAAUAUCCCCGUGCAUCGCACGGAUAAAAAGUACUCCCUCCGUUCCUUAAUAUAAGUCACAUUUUUUGAAAAAAAUUUGUUCCUAAAUAUAAGUCACUUUCUAAUAUCUAGGAAGCAUUAAAUAAUUUUUUUCAAAUUCACCCUCAUAUUUAAUAUGAAAGAGAUUAUGAACUUUUUGAAUAUUAACUUGGAGAGAAAAAAUCAUAGGAAAGUAAAUAAGGGUAGUCUAGGAAAGCUAAUCAUUUCCUUUACAAAUUUAUUGUUACUAACUACUUUUCUUAAUCUAAGAGAAUUAGUUAUUUGUGACUUAUAAAUAGAAACAGAGGGAGUACUAGUCAUUUCAUAAUGGAAACCAUACAACUUAUACUAACUAUUAGGACUGUUCAUGGUUCUCUCAGAACCGAAGCUAACAAAAAACCGAACCGAAAACUGAACCGUUAAGAACCAAACCGUUAAGAACCGAACCGAACUCGAACCUAAAUUUAAAAACCGGUUCGGUAACCGAACCAAAAUCUCAAAACCGGUUCGGUUCCGAUAUAUCCAUUUAUCCUGUUUCCACACAACCAAUAACCAGUUAACCACAUUCCAAAGUCCUGAACCGAGAAGUGAGAACCAGUGAUGAGUGAACCCUAAUUUCAGCGCCGCGCCUCCUGCUCCUCCCGCCAGCCGCCUCGCCACCUCCUCAUUCCGGCAGCGCCUCCUCCUCCUCCUUCCGGUCGCGCCGCCGUCACCUUGACCACGGCCAGCACGGCAGAACCGCUGUCACCUUGACCACCGAGCUCAGAUUCUUCCCACCAACAACGACGUUCCAACGCAGGUGAUCUGAGGUCGUAGGUUGAAGUCCCAGAUGCUUUGUUAGAGCUGUACUUGCUGCUGAGAUUGACACAAUUUGAUAAUUAGAGUUCCAGGCAUAAGGGAAUCUACCAUGGAACCAACUUGUGCUGCUUGUGCCAUGGAAUGGAGCAUCCAACUUGAGAAGGGCCUCCGUUCUAGUAAACCAGGUGUACCUGUCAAAGCCAUAUUGAAAUUGGGGCCCCACCUUCAGCUAUGGAGUAGAGAGUUCGAGUCUGGUAUUGAUUCCAAUGCCAUAUUUGGCCUUGUUCCAGGAGAAGAUAGGCUGUUUGCCAAUGCCAUCCUCUUACGCCUUGCUGAUGCCUUUAGAGGAGGUGACAAAGAAAUCAGGUUUUCUAUUGUCAGAGUUUUCUUGUUUGAACGAAAGCACCGUGAUAAUGGGAAACACAAGCAGUGUAAGGGCUUGCUAUCAAAGGCCAUAGUAGCUAACCACUUGGAGAUGUUGAAGAGAGUGAAAUCUGUCUUCCAAAAUGGAGAUUCAGAGUCCAAGGCACUGGCUUUGGUUCUGUUUGGUUGCUGGGCUGAUUUUGCCAAUGACAAUGUUCAAAUACGAUACUUGAUACUUUCCAGCCUCGUUUCAACUCAUGAUUGUGAGGUAAUAACAUCAUUAUUUGCUGCUGGAUGCUUCUGUGAGAUAUCAGAUGAUUUUGCAUGUAUUACAUUGGAGAUGCUGUUUAACAUGGUGAAUACACUUGCAGUAUCUUUGCCUAUAAAGUUGGCUGUCGUACGAGUUUUUGCAAAAUUUAAGUGCUCAUAUUCAGUUGCGAGUAAAGCAUACAAGAUAGGUCUACAGUUGAUAUUAAAUUCUUCAAAUGAAGAUCUUUUGGUAGCUAUGCUAUUCUCACUUUCAAAACUGGCUUCUGUUUCUACAGUUCUAGCCUCCAAUGAGGUGGACUUUCUACUGUCAUUUGUCAAGCGAGAAGUAGCUUCACAUGUGCAAGAAACAGCAUCCAAAUGCAUACAUUAUCUAUUAAAAAAUAAUCCAGCUCUAAAGCUUUAUUGUAAUGAGUCCUUUGAGCUCCCAGAUGGACAGACCCUAGAACACUCACCCUCUGAAGAUCAAGCUUGGAAAGAUGAUUGGAGAGAUGAUGAAAUAGUAGAACUGAAGAAUUUGUUUCCGGAUUUGGAAGCACCUCUAUAAAUAGUAAAAAUAUUAGUUCAAUUGUUUUAACAAGAAAUUUAAAUAUUUAAAUAUUUUUAUUUUUGUAUAUUUUAUCCAUUCGAGAAAUUUAAUUCAAAGGUAAAUAUCGAAUUUACAUGUACUAGUUUAUGACCCGUGCCAGGCACGGGGGAAUUUAAUUUUGAAUGUAAGUUUAAAAUUUAUUAUUCAAAUAUUGAUUAAUUUUUAUUGGGUAA